GAGAGAGAGAGAGAGCUGUGGCCGUCCCUGAAGCCUGAGUCGGGGGCAGGAUGGACGCAGCUACUCUCACAUAUGAUACACUCAGGUUUGAGUAUGAAGACUUUCCAGAGACCAAAGAACCAGUUUGGAUCUUGGGGAGAAAAUACAGUGUAUUAACAGAAAAAGAAGAGAUUUUGUUGGAUGUGACUUCUCGCCUCUGGUUCACAUACAGAAAAAACUUCCCAGCAAUUGGGGGAACAGGCCCUACCUCUGACACUGGUUGGGGCUGCAUGUUAAGGUGCGGCCAGAUGAUCUUUGCGCAGGCCUUGAUCUGCAGACACUUAGGCAGAGAUUGGAGGUGGUCGAAAGGGAAGAAACAAACAGACAGCUAUUACAAUGUCCUUAAUGCCUUCAUUGACAAAAAAGACAGCUACUACUCAAUUCACCAAAUAGCCCAGAUGGGAGUUGGAGAGGGGAAAUCCAUAGGCCAGUGGUAUGGACCAAAUACAGUUGCACAAGUACUCAGAAAACUUGCCAGUUUUGAUACAUGGAGCUCCUUGGCAGUGCACAUAGCCAUGGACAAUACUGUUGUGAUGGAGGAGAUAAGGAGGUUGUGUAAACCCAGCUGUCCAUGUCCUGGAGCUUCAGCAUUUCCUGCUGCAGAGCCAGACUUCCUUUCCAAUGGGUAUCCAGAGGGAGCAGAAUGUACAGACAGGCUAUUGCUCUGGAAACCUUUAGUGCUGCUGAUACCACUUCGCCUUGGGCUCACAGAUAUCAACGAAGCCUAUAUUGAAACACUGAAGCAUUGUUUUAUGAUGCCUCAGUCUUUAGGAGUCAUUGGAGGAAAACCUAAUAGUGCUCAUUAUUUCAUUGGAUAUGUAGGUGAAGAGCUAAUCUAUCUCGACCCACACACCACUCAACCUGCAGUGGAGCCCAUGGACAGUUGUUACAUCCCUGAUGAGAGUUUCCACUGCCAGCAUCCGCCCUGCAGAAUGAGCAUUGCAGAGCUUGAUCCUUCCAUUGCAGUGGGCUUCUUUUGCAACAAUGAGGAAGACUUCAAUGACUGGUGUCAACGAAUAAAAAAGUUGUCAUUAAUUAGAGGAGCCCUGCCAAUGUUUGAACUAGUAGAACAUCAGCCUUCACAUUUCUCUAGCCCUGAUGUUUUGAAUCUCACUCCAGACUCUUCUGAUGCUGACAGGCUGGAAAGAUUCUUUGAUUCAGAAGAUGAAGAUUUUGAAAUCCUAUCUCUUUAAGAGACACAUAAGAAGCCAACUCUGCCGAUGUGUGUUGUGGCGGGAGGGGAGCUUUUCGGAGAGCCUGGGGCUCCCCACCAGCUUACAUAGGUGCUUGUUGACAUCCCUGCCUCCCAUCCAACUGUGUUCAGUGCAGCCCUGGAGCAGAGUAGAUUUUCUGCAGCGGGAUCAAGAAACAGGUCAUCAUUAAGGCCUUAAUAGCUUUAGUCAGGCUUUUUCAGCAUAAGAGUACCUGCAGGAAAGGGAUGCCGUGUUCCUAUGAGCUGAAGAUUAUUUUUUUUAUGUUAGUGGCCCAAAGGCUCAGAAAAAAAUAGUAAAAGCCCUUUAAGGUGCUUGGGUCUUACAAUGUAUCUGUUAGGGAGAACUUAAUCUUGUUUCCCUGCAACACCCCUCCCCUCCCCCAAAUAGUUUGGAGUGGAAAGCACCAUAAAAUAAGGCAGGCAUCUAUCUAAUAGUUGUCUCUUUAGCCCAGUGUAUGUCAAGUGUCACCUUGGGAUACAAGCUCCAACAAGUUGGAAUACAAUACAGAUUGGUAUACGUGCUUUAGGUCAUCUCCCAUGAUAGCGCUUCCACACACGUUACUCCUCUUGAGUUACAAAAUUGUCUUUUAAGAACACUCACGUCUGCUCUGUUGUGUCAUUGAAGAAAUUGCAGUAGCACAUCAUGCACCACAAAUGUAACUGCACAGGACAGUAUGAAUCUGACAAGCUUUCAACAGUUAGAACUAGAUGAUGUUCCCACUGAAGAGUUCAGCAGCAGUUGCAUUAGGAUGAAAGGAAAGGUUAGCCAGGGCUUGACUUUGUUAGUCUUUAUUUGUUGGUUAUUUUUCUAAUCCAUAUUACGAAUAUGGUGGCUGCUAUUUAAUAUAUGAUGCUGCUGGCAUAUGAAACCUGCCAGCUUGCUUGAACUGAAAGUAUCUUAAUCCGCCCUUUUAUGUCAUUUCUCUGCAUUUAGACUUUGAUCAUGAAAUCUGAAGCUAGUUUUGCUUUAACACAAAACUUACUAUUUUAAUAUCCUGGCUUGCUAAAAUGCCAGGAAGAAUACCCUUUAGUUCAUCACACAAAGCUAUGCUUCUGUUAUGUGAUGUUUGCUUAUUCAUUUUUCAGUUCAAUUGUUUUUAAUAAGAGGCUCUAAAGGAGCACACAUCAGACUGGCUGCCAAGAAAGGUUAAUUAGUGGAUUACCUAGGCUGCAAAACAUGGUGGCUAUACUCCAAAAUAACAGAAUUCCUUUGUGUAGAAGAGGUGGAAAUGGCUGGAAAGGAUCCACCACUUCACCCCAGUGUUAUCUAUCUUUUUGCAAAUCUUUGGCACCAUUGAUGGAUGCUGCAGGUGGCAAAUAUGUUUACAAAGCAUUCUUUUCUGUAUUAUCACUUAUCAGCAGCAUUCUCAGCCUAAAAAGUGGUAGUACAAUCAUCUGUAAAAUUACUGCAUAGAAGAGUAACUAUCCUACAAAGAGUAGGUUGUAGGUCUGGUUGUCCCUAAAACAGCCAGAAAACAGAACGUCUGAACCAUGAUGCUUAUCUUUCAUUGUAAUAACUUGCUGUUUUUCUCUGCUGCUUCUCCUCUUGAUUGUAGACCUUUUGAGGGAGAGGAGAUAGAAGAAGUGGGGCUGUGCUCCAUCCAUUGCUUUCAAUUUGUAUAUGAAUAAAACCAAUUAAAAAGAGAAA